UUAGCCUCAAGGAACCUAUAGGGCACGGCUCUAUAGAUGUUAGACCCCAAAGGCUCGGGUUUUCUCUAAAAUAGAACUCCCUCCCCUAGAGGUUUCAUACUUCAUGAGUCCCACACGUGAGCCCAGGCCGAGCAGCGGCAGAGGAAGCAGAGCGCUGAACUGGGGGUCAGAAGACCAGAUCCCCGAGAGGCUGGAACCUCUAGGCGUCAGGCAGGUAGGAAAAGAGCCUUGAGGGGCCCCGGGAUGCUGGCCGAAAGAAGAGCUCCAGGACGGGAGAGAACCUCAUACAUAAGCACUUCAAGAGUCCCACAUCCGAGCUGGGCGUUGCCUCUGGACCCGCGAGGGUCGGAAUUUGGCCGAUCCCCUGCGCGGAAGGGUUUUCUUUGCUUGCAAAGUCCCCAGGGCUCCUGCAAAUGAAUUUUCUUUUCCUUCGGCGUUGCGGGCUAAAAAAGUCAUUGUCUGCUUGGGAAAGAAGGCCGAGCAGUCCCCCAUUCCUUUCUUAUUCCUCUCACAGUGACCAGUCUAGCUUAAUCCCCAAAGGAGCCAAUCAGAUUUUUUAAAAAAAGCCGCGAGACCAUUUACGAAAACGAAAGUAAGAGCUGGAGCUGUUUACUUCUUGUAGGAGCUUUUGUCUUAGAAUCGGAGCUCUGGGCUCCCGAGGAGAGGAAAGGGGCAAACUUGGACUUUCCGAGAGGAGCGGCCUCCAGGGGCUGCACCUGAACUCUACCGGGGAGACAGCUCCAGAGGAGAAACAUUCCUGGGAAGGGUGAUCCUAAGAAAAUGGGCAGCGCGGACUGAUGCAGCCUUUCUCAGAACACCCCCACAGUGGGUGGAAAGCUCUUGGAAGGGGCUCCUGGAAAGGGCUCCUGAUGGCAGCCUCCAUCCUCCAUUGCUGGAUGCCACCUAGGUCUGCCCAAGGUACUCCAGUUAGUAUCGUGCCACGCCCCCCAUAUGGGACCGUGGGCAGCAACGUCACCUUGACCAUUGAGGGCUUCUCGGAGCGGGCCCUCAGCUAUAAUUGGUACAGAAAGACAACGGAGAACUCUAACAGGAUCGUCAGCUACAGCACUCUUACAGGGGUGCAGAAACCUACCGAUAUCCGGGAGAGGGUGCAGCCCAGGGGCUUCCUAUUUAUUCCUCACCUCACCCUCGGGGACGAUGACCUCUACGUUGUACAAAUUGUUGAUUCUAGGGGAGUGAUAGCUGCAAUAGUAAGAGGAAAAUUACCAGUAUACGAGAAACUGGCCAAACCCAACAUUACUGUCAGCAGCACCAAUGUUGGAGAGAAUGACUCUUUGGAGUUGACAUGUAGCACAGAAAACAAAGGGGUAAACAUUCUGUGGCUCUCCAAUAAUCAGCCGCUGGCACUCAAUGACAAGAUGAAUAUGACUCACGAUAACCAGACCCUCACUAUCAUGAGUGUGAAGAGGACAGAUGCUGGAUCCUAUCAGUGUGAAGCCGGGAAUCCAGUUAGUACCAAUAGGAGUGACUCCCAAAUCCUGACUGUAAACUAUGGACCAGACCAUAUUGAGAUUCUUCCCAGCCCUGAGAAUGGGGAGAUCAAGGUCCAGUUCAAUACUUCAUUGACUUUAGAGUGUAGGGCGCUGUCUUACCCAUCUGUUCAUUACGAAUGGCAGGAUAUUAAUGGGUCUGUACACUCAGGAAGUACUUUCAUGGUCAACCCUACAUCUUGGGAACAGAAGAAGUAUACAUGCUGGGCACGGAACAACAUGACCAACUCCUCAAUCUCUAAAGACAUCACAAUCCACGUGGUUGAAGUUAAGUUUUCAGAAGUGGCCAGGAACAGGAAAAUCCUUUUUGGAAUGGCUCCGAUUUUGGUCCUCAUCAGUGUCCUGAUUUUCAAAUGGACAGAAAGCAUAAGAAGUUGUUCAAUGUCUUCAAAUGCCAGAGACCGCCUUUCACAGAUCCGUUCCUGUCCAGGACAGAGGAAAGUGGAGAAAAAACUGAAAAAGGUUGAUUAACAUCAAUACAAUCUAAGAAGAAUCAUCUUCAUUAUACUGGGAAGUUCCUUGGGCACCCUCCUGAAGGGCACCUCUCUGAGUUUCAUUAGCACCUCAAGCAUUUUUUGGACGAGCGCCAUUUCUCAUAUAAUGUUGUUGAGUAUUAUCAUUUUCUUCAUUUGGAGAAUUGUCAUUAUUUUCCCAAUUCCUAUUUCUAUAAUUCUGGUUUCUAAAGUUCUUAUUUCUAUAUUCAUUAUAGUUAUUUCCAUAGUCAUUAUUAUAAUUUCUAGAAUUCUGGUUUCUAUAACCAUUAUCAUCAUUUCUAUAGUUAUUAUUUCUAAAGCUAUUAUUAAACUGUGUAUUCCUUCCAAACAUCUUAAGAAAGGUUCUACAUUCCAUUAUUUUAAUGGAUUGAUAAUUGGAUUUCUGGAGAGGGGCAAUUGUCGUUGGUUCAUUAUCAUGCCCACUUUCUAAUUUAGUCAUCCUAUCUAUUAAAUAUCUUAUUUUUUUCUUCAUUUCCUCCAUGUCAUCAUUAUUUUCUUCCUCCUUUUCUUUGUUUCCCUUUAAAACAUAUAUAGCUGUUUUUCGCAAUUCUUCAAGGUCCAUAUCUGACCAUCUUGGGCAUUGCAUUCUAAAAUAAUUCUUAAUUGCUUUGCAAGAGUUAUUUACAAAGAUUCUUCUAACUUGUCUUAAACUACUCUCUUUAGUUAAGUCCCAAUCUAAGUAUCUGUCCCCAAACUCGAUAAUUCUAUCCAUAAAUCUGGAGGGUGAUUCUUCUUCCUUUUGCUUAAUUUUUUCCAGUUCCAUCCACUUAUCUGUACUGUCUACACAUUCCUUCAUGGCCGUGAGGAUGGCCUCUCUACAACGGUAUAGUUGUAGAUAAUCCUCAGGAUUGUUAUAGUCCCAUUCGGGAUCCUGAGAUGGCCAAUGUGCUGCAUUACGCCCCCGGGUUUUGUUGACAUGAGCAAUUAUUUUAUUUUUUUCACGUUCACUUAAAAAAGCCUGUAGUAAGUUCUCAACGUCCUUGUAAGAUGGAUUAUACUGAAAAAAUAUGUCUCCCAUCUUUUUUGUUACUAGAAAAGGAUCUUGUUCAUAUGUGGGGAUAUUUCGUGUAAAUUCAUUUAUUUCUUGGGGAGUAAACGGUAUCCUAUGUCUUAAAGUCACCACAUCCCCAUUCCGUCCUAUUUCAGGUACUUCUCUUAGAGGAAACAGGCCUCUAGUUGCAUUUUGUACCUGUGGGUCAGUUUGACAAGGACAGGUUUCUCUAGGAGGACAAGAUCUCCUUUGCGUUGGAAUUUGGUUUUCUGUAGGAGAGGGAACAUGAGAAACUUGAAUUGCAGGGGAAGGGUUUUGGGGAUUAAAUUCAGUCAAGAUUUGCACUGCACGAGAGAAGCAGUCUGUUAACUGGGCUACAGGGAAGGUGUUUUCCAUCUCUAUUUCAGGGAAGGAAAUUUCCUCAUUCAAAGGUUCAGAAACAGGUCUGUUUCUGGUAGAGUGGUUGUUUGCCAAUUGAUCCUGUAAGAAACUUUUUAGAUCUUCUAAUUGGGCUUGCAUUUUAUCCUCAAUUUUUCCUAUUUUAUCCUCAAUAUUUCCUAUUUUAUCCUCAAUAUUUUCUAUUUUAUUCUCAAUUUUUUCUAGUCAAGUCAACUGGAUUUUAUAGAGAUUUUAAUUAAUAAUACAAUGAGGAAUCAAAGAAAGAGAGAGAGAGAGAGAAAAAGAGGGAAUAAUGAGAAAAAGAUAAGCUGGCCCUGGCCAGUCCAGGCCAACCCAGGCCUAAACCCUAAGAGAAAGGAUCAGUCAGUCCUUAAUCACUCACCAUAAGAUUUGUCCAAGCAAGGAUUCAGAGGGACAGAGUCUCCCCUGAGGGAGUUCCAGCCAGAGUCCUGCUCAAGGGGCCUUCCAGCCAGAGACUGUUUCAAAGGGCCUCUCUCAAGAGCCUCCAGAGGGACAGAGUCCCCUCAGAGGAGCUCCAGCGAGACCUCUUCAACAGACUGUUCUCCAGAGCCUGUUCUCCAUCUCAAGAGAUCUUUUCAACAGUCUGUCCUUUUUCUUAUAUAGCGGGUUUUCUCCUAUGUUACCUCCCCUAAGUUCUUCCAUCUACCAAUCACAGUAGACAUUUCCCAAAGGACAGCCCAUUCUGAAUUCACAGCUGAGUAGAUUAAUCCUUUUAGUAAUCCACCCCUGAGCAGGUUAGAAAGUUUCUCACCUUUUUGUACUGGCAAGUUUACAAGUUGCCUAAUCUUUAAUAGGUACUUAGCACCCCUUUGUAUUAAUUCUAAAAAUAGGCAUGGCUUAAAUAACUUUUUGCCUCAUUAUAAGUAUGGGUUUAAUUACUUUCAUUGUUUAGCAAGGAGUUUUCUCCCCUAAAGCAGUCUUAAGUAUGGGUGGAAUAGUGGUCUUCACAUUUCUGAUCUAAGUAGAGUUUUCACAUUUUAGAUGGGGAAUGGUCCCUAAUAAGGAAUUGUCCCAAUGAAAGAUUCCCCAAUGGGGAAUUUUUUAACAUUCACAAGUCUGAGAAAUUUCAAGAUUCACACUGUGGAAGUGGUAGGUGUACACACAGAGAGGGCUCUGCAUGCCAUCUAUGGCACACAUACCAUAGGUUCACAACCAUGGGCCUAGGCUGUCCUGGAAAAAUUAUAGGACACAUAUUUGAAAUAGGGCAGUUAAAAAAAAUUUUUUUUAAACCUUUAUCUUCUGUCUUGGAAUCAAUACUGUUUAUUGGUUCCAAGGCAGAAGAGUGGUAAGGGCUAGGCAAUGGGGGUCAAGUGACUUGCCCAGGAUCACACAGCUGGGAAGUGUCUGAGGCCAGAUUUGAACCUAGGACCUCCUGUCUCUAGGCCUGGUUCUCAAUCCACUGAGCUGUCCCCUGAAAUAGGGAAGUUUUGAAGAUUAUAUUAAUCUAUGGUAACUGCAAGAGGUAUUAUCCAGUUAUGACUUUACCUUGACAAUACAGAGAGACUCUAGGACCCUGAAUUAAUUCAAGAAUCCUUUUUUUCCUUCAUUUUCUUGGGAGACUAGAAUUUCCUUCAAAAAAGUAUAAUCCUGGGAGCAACUGAAUGGUUCAGUGGAUUGAGAGCCAGGCCAAGAGAUGGGAGGUCCUGGCUUCAAAUCUGGCCUUGGAUACUUCCUAGCUGUGUGACCCUGGGCAAGUCACUUGAUCCUCAUUGCCUAGUCCUUACUAUUCUUCUGCCUUGGAACCAAUACAUAGUAUUCAUUCUAAGACUGAAGAUGAGGUUUUUUUUUGUUUUUUAAAGUAUAGUCCUUAAGCAAAAGCAAACAAAAACCUCAAACUCAACAUAGGCACUCGUGAUCAUUCCAAAACACAAAUACAUAUUGGUAUGUGUGUGUGUGUGUGUGCGUGUGCGUGUAUGUGUAUAUAUAUAUAUAUAUAUAUAUAUAUAUAUAUAUAUAUAUAUAUGUCUACAUUUCUGAAAAUUUGUAUCAAAACAAAUUUGAAUAAAGUAGGUUUCCUCCCUGGAUACCUUUCAUUCCAAUUUUAGGGAUGUCUUUUAACAUUCACAGAAUAGAUCUAGCCUCUAAAACUCAAGUACGCUUUCCAGAACAGGCAUUUUGUGCUUUUGUGACAUCUAUUUGGAAUCCAAUAUUUUUUUCUUUCUCUUCUAACCUGUCUCUUAGUCUAGUUUAAAAAUGUAGCAUACCAGGCAUGUUGGCAUCUGGGAAGUAUGGUUGAUGUCUUGAUAUUGUAUCAUAUAUAUUCAUUUAUCAAAUACUUGGUCAGAUCAGUUAAUGAUCAUUGUAUGGAAGUUACAGUUCUAAGGGCAGGAGAAUUCCUGAGUCUAAACCACAAAGGCUUAGCCCUCACCUGGUCAAACCUCAUUCCUUUGAAAAGCGCAUGUCAGGUGAAUCUCCACCUCCUCUGAUCUUGUCAUCGUCUAUUCAACCAAUGUUAAGACCUACCGGGUGCGUUAUGUAUUCAUUGAUCACCUCUCAAUCCACAAUAAAUGCUGGAGUGAGGGGCACUGCUCUCCCUCUUGAUUCCUGGAUCCUUGGAAUUCUUUCUCCUAAUUUCUUCUUAUCUAUCCUAGAUAAGACACUGUUGCCCACAUACUUUCUAUCUAGGAGUUCUUACUCCCAUGUGUUUUCUUAGUUCUCAUGUUUUCCUUUAAUUAAUCCUCAAGGAAAAACAUUAUAAGGAGAUAGCGCCUCUCCCCAUAUCUUUUAACUUGUCUUUGAGUCAUUAUUAUUCACCCAUUUUCCAUCAGGCUCCUUUCUCCUUCUCAAGUUAUCACCCACAGGAAAAUGUAUAUAGCUGGAUUAUUAUAAAAAAGAAAAGAACAUUAAUGCAAUCAAAUAUGCUUGCUCCAUGCUCAUUUUCUUUUAGGUUCAAUACAUAAGCAUUUAGUCAGUUGAAUCUCCAUCAGAAUUCUUUCUCCAUUUCCAAUUUACUUUUCCUUUUUUACAUUUGUAGUGUACACUCCAUUCUCACAUAUAUAUAAUAUAGAUACAAAUAUAUGUUGAAUAGAAAAAUGUAUUUUCUUUGAAUUAUUUCAUAACUGUUUUUCCUACUUUUUUUGUACUUCUCAUUAGUACCUUGAAUAUUUCUCACAGUCUUAAGUGCAUUAUAGUAUUACAUGUCUAGGUUUAAAAUCCUUAUCUUCCAUCGUGGAGAAAAUAAUUGUCAAAAUUGUUUUUGUACAUAACUGAAAAAAAUAAAAAAUUCUACUGCGUUGACCUCUAAGAAA